AUGUUCGGCUAUCAACCACCCCAGCUCACUGAUGAGGAGCUCCGCGAGGCCGAGACCAUCGCCUCCAUGACGAUCCAGCAAUUCGCCAUCGCCGGCGUAGUGCUAUACCUCUGUAUGUUCCUCCGGCCGCAGCAACUCUGGGCCCAAAUCUUGCAUUGGCGCAUUGUUGACCACCAUGUGUGCCCACCAGCCCCGUUCGUCAUUGAUGUCGUCUCCAAGGUCUUCUAA